AUGAUUCAGUUACUGUUUGCCCUAAAUUUCGCGGAGAUGGCGCUGAUUUUGGUGUUCGUGUUCAAGACGCCGCUGAGAAAGCUGGUUAUAAUGGGCCUGGACCGGGUCAAGCGCGGGCGGGGCCCAAUCGUCGUCAAGACGGUGGCGGCGACGGUCUUUGUGGUCAUGCUGGCUGCCGUGUACAAUGUGGUGGCGAUCAGGAGGCGUUGGGUCCAGGAAGGUGAGGUCAACCCGACGGAUCAGAUUCUCCUCGCUAAGCAUCUUCUUGAAGCUUCUCUCAUGGGAUUUUCGCUAUUCCUUGCGUUGAUGAUUGACAGGCUGCACCAUUACAUUCGAGAACUGCGCAUAAGAAGGAAGACCAUGGAAGCCGUGAAGAAACAAAACCGGGUGUUGGAGGACAGCAAACCCCAACUUACUGCAGUAGUAAAAGCAUUAGAAGAGGAAUUGGUUAAAUCGGGUGAAAGGAUUAAGCAGCUCGAGACAGAGCUUCAAGAGAAGUCUAAAGAGGUAAACAGUGCCGAGACAAAUGCAAUCGCUCUAAAAAAGCAGUCGGAAGGGUUUCUUCUCGAGUACGACCGGCUGCUCGAGGAAAAUCAGAGCCUCCGCAGCCAGUUGCAAUCAUUAGACCGGAAAAUGUCGUUUUCCGAGAGCAAGAAAUUUAUGUAA